AUUUAUUUAUUUACAAUAUUUAAAUGUCAUUGCAUCAAUAAACUAUAAUUUUAGUUUAAUUUUUUUAAAUGUCCGUCAAAACAAAUAAAUUGGAGAAAGGAAUAGAAAAUGUUAAUACAAGGAAAAUAAAUUUACCAAACGGUACUGGAAAUACUUUGUUCUGUAAUAUUUAUUAAGAUUACAAGCUUCUUUUUCGAGGAUUAUAAUUUCAACUUUUAUAUUUGACUGAGUCGUUUUAUAGGGUAUAUUGGUAAUUACACUUAUUUUCGGAAUCGAUAAAUUUAUUUGUCAACCUCUGAGCAUGCUCCAGAGUUUGCAAAAUUAACAUCCCCAUGCUACACCCCUGAAUGUGGGUAGAUCAAUGGAUUGUUCUAAUCAAUAUGAAGAUCGUGCAAUUUACAACUAUCCUAAAUUUACUACAAUGAAUAUCCAAUAGUGAACUUAAUUUUUUGUUGCAAUAAAACCAGUUUUAAGAGAGUUAACAGUAUGGAAAGUCAAUUAAAUGUGAUAAAUUGUGAUUUGUGGAUACCAACUGGUCAAAUAAGUCUUAUUAUAGUUUAUUGUAUGUAGGUCUGUUUUAAUAAAAUGCAAACUUUACGAAAGAAAACAAGCCCUUUAAAAUAUAAAAAUGAAACGACUAGGUUUUUGGGAGAUGGGGUGAGCUUCAAAGCAAAGUUAAUAGGUAUUUUAGAAGUAUCAGAAGCUAGAGGAGAUAGAAUGUGUCAAGAAGCUUUGUCUGAUUUAAAAAUAGCCAUAAGGGCAGCUGGUGAACAUAAGCAAAGGAUUACUAUUAAUAUUGCAAUUGACGGAUUGAGAUUGAGGGAUGAGAAAACUGGUGACUCACUGUAUCACCAUCCAGUACACAAAAUAUCAUUUAUAGCCCAAGAUAUGAGUGAUUCUCGAGCGUUUGGUUAUAUUUUCGGUUCGCCUGACACAGGACAUCGUUUUUUUGGUAUCAAGACAGAUAAGGCUGCAAGUCAAGUUGUUAUAGCUAUGAGAGACCUGUUUCAAGUCGUUUUUGCUCUAAAGAAAAAAGAAAUUGAAUUAGCAAAGCAACAUUUAGAUAAAUCUUAUUAUCCAACAUCUCCUUUGUUUUCUGAUAGCUCCAGUUCGAAAUUGCAGAGUGUUCCUAACGUGAGUAUAAAAUCGUCAAUAGAAGCGAAGGUGAAUAGUAAUACAAGUGAAUCAAAAUCCACUGGAACGGCUGUAGCUGAUUUAGUUGAUUUAGAAUUAGAAUUAAAUAGUUUACAACAGGGUUUGAAUCAAAUGGAAAAAAUCACCCCGUCAGAUCCGUUUGGAUCCAAGGAUGAUCCAUUUGGUGACAGUUUCAUAAGUUAUCCUCCUAAACCUAUGCUACCCCCUCCGCCGUCUACAGGUCGAGAACGUACUAGUCGCGUUUCGGAAACCAGUAGCAUCUUCAGUCCCAAAACUCCACAUACUGGUACAACCAUAGAUUCAGAUAAAAAAAAAGAUUUCUCAUUCACUCAAGAUCUUAGCAGUUCUCACGAUGAACCGAGUAGCGGUGAUUGGUUCACCCCUUCAGCUGGAAAUAGUAUUUUUGAAGAUUCCACUUCUAUUCAGGAGCCUUCCAAAGACGAAAAACACGAGCAAACCAAACAGGAAAUUUUGUCGCAAUUUGAUGUGUUUACAGAACUGGAUCCACUAGAACUCAAAAAUCCACCAAAAAAAGUGCUAAAUGAGAUGGUUAACUCUUCACAAGAUCAGAGUUUGUUUACAACAACCCUAAAUCAAACUACUGCUAAAUCAUCAGUCACCAUCACGACUUCAGCUCCGCCUACACAGAACGUUUAUUCGUUAGAUCCUUUCGGUGAAGAUCCCUUUGUUAAGGAAGACCCUUUUGCCGAUUCAGACUUUUCGAAACAGGAUCCAUUCGAAACAGAAUUCAGCAACUUUAAAAAGGAAACCGUAUUUCAAAGUAAUUUAUCUAAAUCGCCGAGGAGUUGUGCUUUAUCAUUAUUAAGUAACUCUCCUAACACGAAGAGUCUUUCAAAGCAAAAUACUAUUGAUGUCGAUAAGUUGACACAGUUUCACGACAACGCUAGCUUGGAAAUGUCUUCAGAAAGCGAGAGCGCCCCCGAGCCUCCACCAAGACCAACGAAUCAACUACUAUCGAUAAAACCACCUCCUCUACCUCCCAAGAAACAAGUGGAUCUCACUACUAAGCCUCCACCUCGACCUCCAUACCACACAGAUGAAUCACCCUAUGAUUUUAUAGAUAAGUAUGAGACUGCUCCAAAUAGCAUUCUAGGCAUAGAAAAAAGUCCCCCACUUCCUGUACCUGCUCGUAAAACGAAAUUUGAAAUGGAAGCUCCGGAAAGACCGAGAAAACAGUUUUUGUCAUCUAGUGCCGAAGAUUAUUUAACACCGAUCACAGUACCGGAAAAAUCAUCAGGAAUAUUAUUACCACCGCCUCAGAAAAGUACAAAAACAAAUGCUCAGUUGAAUAUUUCGUCAUUUCUGGACACAAAAAAAGAGAAUCCAUCUCUGGAAGGAUUAGAUAUCACACUGAGCCAACUGACAUUGAGCGGUCUGAACGAAUUAGCACAGAAACUGAAAAUACCAGCUGCCCAACUUAGCAAUAUGACCUUGGUGCAAUUAACAAAUUUUUUAUCAAAUUUUAUCAAAUCUAACAACAGCGUAGUGCCUCCAACCACAAAAGCGGAAAGCGACAUUGGCUAUUCGAAUAAUUUUGCUGAUUUUUCCAAUUUCAAACCGGAUUUUGCAACGAAUUUUUCCAAUUCGAAUUCCACCGAUACCACAUACGAUCGAUACGCCGUAUUCAGAGAAUUGAUGCAAGAAGAAAUCAAACAAACAAAAAUAGAUUCGGAACCAGAAGAAAUAUUAGAAGAAAAAGAAAAGCUGGAGAAUUCCAUAAAUAGUAACGUGAACUUGGAUUUGAAACCCUUGAACGAAGAACCUUCCAAAAGCGCCGAUCGGUACGCCGCUUUAAGAGAAAUAGUGGACAGCGAAUUAAAACAGACAGAACAUAAAGAAGAAAUAAACAAAAAUGAAGAUGCAGAAAUAACUGAAGAAGAAAAUAUAUUGAAUAACGAAAAUAUAAAUAACACUGAAACCUUGAAUAUUAUUAACGAAGAAAAUAAAUUACAAAAAGAAAUAAAUGAUAAAGAAGAAAAUUCGACGGUUAAAUCUAAUAUUAUUGAAUAUAUAACACCCCUUGAGGUAAAAAACGAUGAAGUUAUUAUAUCACCUGUUAAACAGUCUUUAAAGUCACCUGUUAAAUCCAGUGUAAUGAAAAGUCCUGUUCCGAAUGCUAUAACAGAAAUCGUACAGAGUAAUACCCGCUUAACGUCCGGUUCUUUAUCGGACGUUGUCAGUGGCAGUUCUCCUGAAAUCGACAACACUGCCAGUAACUCUGAUAUCGGUAAAAAGAUGACGGACGCUACAGCUGAAUCAUGGGCGAUAUUCGACCAAGAAUCAAAUCAGUUGGAAUCAGUAAAAGAAAAGCAAGCAGUACAAAGCGAAGAAGGGGUAUCUCCUUGGUCCAGUGAUUCCAAAGAAUUUGGAGGAGCUUCGCCACCAGGAUGGAUAAAUAAAGAUUCUGGUAGUGGAACCGAACAGUUUCCUCGAAAGAGAAGGGACCAAGAUGGGUGGUGGGAUACAGCUGCAGAAUCAGAAGCUCGAUAUUAUCCUGCGAAUCGUCGUUCUACUGACAGCUUCGACGAAGAAUAUUACGAGUGCUACGACCGACCAAGAAGACGUCGUCAGCAAAGUAACUGGCAACACGGUAAUCAAGCAGCCGGUGGGCACUCUUCCAGUUCAAGAGACGUCAGUCCGUGGGAGGAAGAACCACACAGACGUGAUAUUCGAGAGAUGAGGGAUCCUCGAACUGUCUACAGGCAUCCUAGAACUCAUUCUUUCGAAAGAAGAAGAGACAGGAGAGUUACUGACAGUUGGGACGAAGACGACGAUUACGAAUACGAAGAUGAUCAUUCUUCUAGACAUUGGGAGAGACACGGAUCCAGAGAAACCGAUAGAGAUAGUAGACAUAGCGUCGGCAACAGAGAACAUGAUAGCGAUAGAUGGUGUGACGAGAGAAGUGAAGAUAGAAGACAUAGAAGAAGAAGAGAUCCCAGAGAUCGUUGGUGUUGUCCCGAUUGGGAUCAAACAGGUCAAGAAAAGCCCCGGUAUGGUAGAUGGCGUGAUCAUAAGACUGACGAGAGGUACUAUAGUAGAGAAUCUCAAGAAUCUCCAUGGGAAGAUGAAUAUUCGAAUGAUCCCGAAGAUUCGCCUCAUUUUGUUACUAGUUCUAAAAGAAAUUGGAAACAACGACCUAGUAGUGCUUCGGAAAUUGACAGAAAAACGGGAGAGAUAAAAUCCAGACACUACCUUGCUACAGGAGGUAGUGAUGGAGAACGAGAUAGAAGAUACAAACCCAGUAGACGAUCUCGUAGCAGAGAUUCUCAAUAUUCUGAACCACCACAUAGACAUAAACCCGAUGCGGGACCAUCGAUCAAAACUACACACCGAUAUAAAUUUCCCGAAGACCCAGUUAUCUUGAAGAAGAUUCAGUCUGAAUUUAAAUUAGAUUCUAGCAAAAAACCUUCAACGCUUUCCCGAAAAAAAAUAAAAGAAAGUCUCAAAACAGAAGAAAGUUUGCCCGGUACUUUUCCGAGGAAAUCCAGCAGCCGCGGAAAGUUAGUUUUCGAAAACGAUUUCGUUUCGCCGGAACCCAGUCCAAUUUUAACGACCAAGUUGACAUCGAAAAUCGAUUUCGAAAAUGAUUUUGAAAAAUCUCUACCAUUAGAAAGCGUUCGCGAUAGACCUAGACCUGCGACGAAACUAUCUCCACGUUAUCAAAAAUCAAAAUCCCAUUUCGAAGAUGAUUUCUCGCCGACAGAAAAAGUCGAACUGGACGACAACAUAUCCAGUAUCAAAGAAGAAGCGGAUCGCGAGGACGAGGACGAAUUCAGCACCAGUAAUUUCGAAAACGCUUCGAACGGUCGUAAGAAGAUACUAUCCAAAAGCAGAUUUGCUUCUGGUUUAAGAACGGACGUUAAUCUGAAGAAAUCCGAAUCAGUGAACAUCUUCGCCAGAGAGGACGAUCCCUUUGAUGACGAUUUCUUUUGCGGCGAAGACACCGAAGGGGAAUUGAAAACUUCGCCGAGAACCACUGAAUUACGAUGGACUGACAAUUUUGAAAACUAGAUAUUUUUUUUAAUUGAUUUCAGGUCACUAUGCUACUUAAUUCUUCUAUUGAAUUUAUAUUUUCCAAAGGUUAUAACUGUAGUGAUCUGAUCUCUGAAAUUUUUAAUUUGAAAAGAAUCAAAUUCUUAAAAAAGUUUGAAGAAAACAAAAUAGAUAAUUAAGUGAUAAACGAGUUGAUAUUAUUUUAUAUUUUAGAUAAAUUUUCACCUUUCCUUGAAUUUUAACAUUGUUAUAUGUUAGAGCCAUGACAAAAAACGUACUCACUCAUUUAUAGUUUAAUAAUUUAUAUGAUGUAGUUAAGUGUGACUAUAUUUUAAAAAAAUAUAAUGGAACUUUUUUUGUAUGUUAAUUCUAUUUUAUUUAUUGAUAUUUGUACCUAAUAACUCCCCAGUUCAUUUUUUUUUCAAUAUAAUUUUUAUUUUGCUGUU